AUGCACAUGAUCCUGGAACCCGCAGAGUUACCAGCACAAUUGCCCUGCAGAGUUGCCAACACAAUUGCUGCAGUCAGGUUGAAAGUGACAGGGUCGGCUGCAGUAACAGUGGGAAAGGCCAGUGUGUGUGAGCUGAAGGUACAAGAAAACCCAGAGGAAGUCUCAGGAGAAAAGGUGAUUAUGUGUGCUCGCAGAUCUCCCAUGUACAUGCAUGUCUACGAGCCCGAUAGAAACGUUCUGCGAAGGAAAGAAUGGGAAAGGAGAAAUCAAGAGGCCCAGCAGGAGGAUGGCACAUUUAACACAAGUUACUCCCUCUUCAGUGAACCAUACAAGACUAACAAGGGUGAUGAGCUCUCGAAUCGCAUCCAGAAUACGCUGGGCAACUAUGAUGAAAUGAAAGACUUGUUAACUGACCGAUCAAACCAGAGCCACCUCGUUGGGGUUCCAAAACCUGGUGUUCCUCAGACAUCUCUCCUCAAGGCUGAUGAACAUCUUAUUGCAGACUCGAGAUUGCCACCACCUCCUCCCGUUUCCAGCACCGCUUCUUCCACACCAGCUCCACCUGCCCAGCAGAGCAAAAGUACCACAAUGGGUUGGCAGAAGGCUGGGCACAGUGCAGCUUCGGAUGGCCAGCAGAGAGCAAGCAAGCACGGGCACCGGUCACUGGAGUCACACAAGGGUGACUUCAAACUAGCCAGCCAGAAAUCCAGUCUGGAGAAACUAAAACGCUAUGCAUCGAGUCCCUCCUCCUCCUCCUCCAACACUGCCCAGCAAAGCUCACUGAGGGCUACACUAGGUGACAAUGUCAACAGAGUGCAGCAGCCAGCAAAGCUCAACUGUAGCUCAGAAGGAGGAGCUCCAGCGCAAGAGAGGCCAGCAAAGCAUGCUGGUGGGCACUGUGUCCAAAACUUCCCAUCCUCUCUUGCUUCGAAGCCCAGUGUCGUUCAGCAGAAACCAACAGCUUAUGUAAGGCCAAUGGACGGUCAAGACCAGGCUCCUGAUGAGUCUCCAAAGCUGAAGUUACCAGCAGAGACAACCAAGUCGCAUAGGGGAGUGCCUUCUAACAAGCUUGAUUCAGCCAGGACCAAGUCAAAAAUAGCCAAGUUCAGCAUUCCUAAGCGAGAGGAGGACAGUGGAACAGGAGAUAACAGCUGCAUUGAAGAAAUAUUACGGGAGAUGACCCAUUCAUGGCCUCCACCACUGUCAGCUAUUCACACACCAGGAAAGGCAGAACAAAGCAAGUUUCCCUUCCCAAACAAGGAAUCACAACAGGGAUCUACAGGACACAGCAAUGCAAGGAAAAGUGAUGUAGAGCCAAAGAGUCCAGAGAAAAGCGCAACCAAUACGUCAAUGCUAGAAGAUGACCUCAAGUUAAGCAGUGACGAAGAAGAGAAUGAUCAGCAGGCAGCACAGAGAUCUGCUCUCCGCAUUCUAUCUGACAGCCUGGUGGUGCCACAGCCGAACGCCCAGGCCUCAGGACUCAGCAGCAAGGGGUCGAGCAGCAGCAGCUCCAGUGAAUCUGAGACCAGCUCAGAGUCUGACUCAGAGAGUGAAAGCAGCUCCAGCGAGAGUGACGGCAGCAAGCCCUCUCAUUACUCCAGCCCAGAGCCCGAACCACCCUCCUCCAACAAGUGGCAGCUGGACAAGUGGCUGAAUAAAGUCACCCCACACAAAGCACCCAUCCUGACCCACCAUGAUGGCCCAGCGCUGGAGGCCCAUCCCUACUACGGCCGUGUGAAGGCAGAGAGGCAGGAAAGUGAGAAGGCUCCACCCACUGGCCCGGCCGAGCACCGCGGUGGCGAGGGCCGCGCUACUGCCAGCACCGCUGCUGGGGACGGACCACGGCCCAGAACUGCCAACAAAGCACCAGGCAGCAAAGGAAGCCGGCAAAAGUCACUCCCUGCUGCCGACGGCGGGCCGCCGAGGCGAGCGGCGGGGAAGAAGGCACCGCGGCGGGCUGAGCGGACCUCUGCUGGGGACGGCCCCCACUGCUCUGGCACAGAGGAGCCUCCCGCGAGCCAUAGCUUUCCAGAAAGCACUGCUGGUGAAGUGCCAAGGGCCCGGCCCAGUGGCAGCAGUAACAGCGCUGGCUGCAGAACAGGGCACCGCCGAGAGCCCCGUUUGGCCGCAGCUGGGGAGAAGCGUCGGGCUCGGGGCCCAAGCAAAACAGCGCCAAAAUCCAAGGAGUUCAUUGAGACCGAGUCUUCAUCCUCCUCAUCCUCUUCUGACUCAGGCUCUGAGUCGGAAGGGGAGGAGCGCCCGCUGCCUAAGGUGCCAGCGACAGCUGGGCCUGAGCCUCGUGCCAAGGACGCGGGGACCAGCGCCGCCACCAGAUCCCACGGCGGCUGCAGUGCCUUUGGCUCCAUUAAUGCCAGGACUAGUAGUGACAUAGCAAAGGAGCUGGAGGAACAAUUUUACACCCUAGUUCCUUUCGGUAGGAAUGAGCUCCUGUCUCCUCUGAAAGACAGUGAUGAGGUAAAGUCACUGUGGGUCAACAUUGACUUGGCUCUUUUGUCCAGGAUUCCAGAGCGUUUACCUGAAGAGCCGCUGGCCAUGAGCACAGGAGCAAGCCAGGUGGCCAGCCUCCCGCAGGGUAGUAGUGCUGACCUCCCCACAGAGAAGGGUUUGCCGAAAUCUAGAAGGAAACGCAAGUGUGAAAAUGAGGAAGAGUGCAGAGACAUCAAGAAGACUCACUUAGAGCGAGAGAGCUCUUCACGAUUAGCUGCCUCUGCCCACAGCAUCACAACAGCAAAUCACUGUACUGUGAAUGAAAAUAGCAUGGCAAUACCAAUAAAUAAAAAUGAGAAAAUGCUUCGGUCACCUGUCUCUCCCCUCUCUGAUGCAUCAAAACACAAAUACUCCGGUGAUGAUUUAACUUCCUCCAGCAGACCUAAUGGCAGCAGUCUAUUACCUUCCAUCUCCUCCAGCAAAAAACAUAAGGGUGAAAUCCAGUCACAGCCACAUCCAGGAGACUUCAAUAAAGCAGUUCACAUCAAUUCAGAAAAUGUUCUUCUCUGCAAUAAGCCACAGUCCCAGACAGAAUCGUGGUCACCUCUGCCCAGCGCACCCAGGGACUGCAGAAGGACAAAGCUUAUCUUUGAUGAUAUGCCACGCAAUGCAGAUUACUUUAUGCAGGAAGCUAAGCGGAAGAAGCAUAAAGCAGAUGCGAUGGUGGAAAAGUUUGGAAAGGCACUGAAUUAUGCAGAAGCAGCACUAUCGUUUAUUGAGUGUGGAAAUGCAAUGGAACAAGGCCCAAUGGAAUCUAAAUCCCCUUAUACAAUGUAUUCAGAAACAGUUGAACUCAUAAGGUAUGCAGUGAGACUAAAAACCCACUCAGGCCCCAGCGCCACGCCAGAAGACAAACAGCUGGCAGCACUAUGUUACCGCUGCCUGGCCCUUCUCUACUGGAGGAUGUUCCGACUGAAGAGAGACCAUGCGGUCAAGUAUUCGAAAGCGCUUAUUGAGUAUUUCAAGAAUUCAUCAAAAGCUGCCCAGAACCCAUCUCCUUGGGGUGCCAGUGGAAAGAGCACAGGAACUCCCUCGCCCAUGUCCCCUAGCCCUUCUCCAGUCAGCUCUGUAGGAUCCCAGGGGAGCACAGGGGCCCCUUCCCCAUCUCCUAUCAUCAGCAUCCCACAGCGCAUUCAUCAGAUGGCCGCCAACCAUGUCAGCAUCACCAACAGCAUCCUGCACAGCUAUGACUACUGGGAAAUGGCUGACAACCUGGCCAAGGAAAACAGAGAUUUUUUUAAUGACUUGGAUGCAUUGAUGGGGCCUAUCACCUUGCACAGCAGUAUGGAGCAUUUAGUUCAGUACACUCAACAAGGACUUCACUGGGUGCGGAAUAGCGCUCACUUGUCGUAA